AUGUUUCGACCCAUCCCCGACCAUGGAAGACCGAGCAUCACCUCCCAGGUCCCCAGAGGACACAGCCAACGACCCACCAGAGACCUCCUCAGCCCACCAAGACUGCGUCAUCUGCUUCGACGCCCUGCCCCCACAACAGCGCACGCGCCGAACCAUGCCGCCAUUGCGCCUACCACAGCCACUGCCUCCUCCAAUGGCUCGAACUUAGCCCAACCUGCCCCCUCUGCAAGACCCCGUCCAGCGCGUCCGGCACGGACCCGACGGAACCUUGGUCUUUUCCGCCCCACCCCGUUCGGCGAAACCACCCACUGCCGCCGCCGCCGCCUCUUCCGCCGCCCCGCCAUCCCCCUCCUGGAUGAACUGGCCAGCGCGGACCAACCCACCCUCCGCACCACACCCCCGCCGCCACCCCCGGCGUCGCCAGCCCCGCGCCCAUCCUCCCGAAUCCCCGCCUUCCCCGCCCGCCGCCUCGACGUCUACCGCCACGGCCUCUUCUCCCUCCACAUCGGCGCGAACAAGCACUCCCGCUACCGCCCCGUCAUCACCCCGCACGCCUUCACCCACGACCCGGACCUCCAAUCCCGCGCCCGCGCCUUCAUCCGCCGCGAGCUCCUCGUCCUCGACGCUCUCGAUCCUCCACCCGCCCCCGUUCCCGGCGCGGCCGAUACCUCUGGCCCCUCUAGUCACCGGAGCCGCGACCACCUCUCCCCCACCGCCUCUCCACCUAUAAACUCGAGCAUCUAG